CAUCCCUCACCCUCCCCGCCGUCCAGCCCUAAGCCUUGAAGCCGCAUCCCCAAGCCCCGCCAUCCCAACGAGGUCCCUGAAGUCAAGGCCCAUCCAUCAUGAGUGAAUCGAGACAGGAGUUGCUGGCAUGGUUAAACAACCUCCUCCAGCUGAAUAUCACCAAGGUCGAACAAUGCGGAACCGGGGCUGCUUAUUGUCAAGUUUAUGACUCGAUAUUCAUGGACGUGCCAAUGUCAAGAGUCAAGUUCAACGUCAACACCGAAUAUGCCUAUAUCCAGAACUUCAAGGUCCUGCAGAACACCUUCACGCGCCACCAGAUAGACCGCCCGGUCCCCGUCGAAGCGCUUGUGAAAUGCCGGAUGCAAGACAACCUCGAGUUCCUCCAGUUCACCAAGAGAUUCUGGGACCAGAACUAUCCGGGUGGCGACUAUGAUGCCGUGGGUCGACGGAAGGCAUCCGGAGCGCCUCUCGCUUCCUCCACUUCCCGACCGGGGACGACCUCUGCGACCGGCGCUCGUCGAGGGGCGACUCCCACGACCGCAGCCCGACCGAGAGUCGGCGGCGGAGUGUCGGCCAACACCGCGGCCCUGACGCAGGAGAUCAAUUCGCAGAAAGAGGCGAUCGCCGGGUUGGAGAAGGAGCGAGAUUUCUACUUUGCCAAGCUCCGCGACAUCGAGCUCUUGCUGCAGCAAGCUGUGGAGGCGGACCCGGAGUUGGAGAAGGACGAGGACUCCCUGAUCAAGCACAUUCAAGCCAUUCUGUAUUCCACAGAGGAGGGCUUCGAGAUUCCCGCUGACGCCGAGGCUGUCGGAGAAGAGUUGGAGACGUUUUGAGUGAAGG